AGUGAACGGCCAUUGAACAAAAAGAAGAAGAAGACUGGUUUGAAGUCGUGCGGUUUGGAAGCUUGCAAUAAAAAGUAAUAUUAGUAAACAAAAGCAGGAACAGAAAGAACAAGAAGCGACGAUAUAACGUUACAAAGAUGAGUCUCAGUAAUCAUGAUGAACGCUCUUCAGAUGUUGAUCCAGCUGAAAUAAACAACAGUGUUCCUGAUACAGCAUCAGCUUCUGAGGGGGUGACACCCACACGUUUAUUAAAAAUGAAAGAAAUAAUGGAAAAUCAGUGUUUCGAAAUGAAUGUUAAAGUCAGCAUGGGAAAACAUAAAGAGUCAUGUGAAGGUGAUGCAGAUCUAUCCAAGUAUGAAAGUGAAAUAGAGCAGGCAAGACUCUCACAUUUCAACAAAACGCUGGUAUUGAACAGAAUGCAGAUUUGGAACGUCAUUACUGAAAAGAUGAUUCAGAAUGAUGCAGAUGCUGAGGCACUUAAAGAACUGACCCAUCAGAACACUGAGCUCUGUGAAAAGACCAUGAAAAUGUUAAAGGAAACACGAGAGCUUCAGGACCAGAUCACAGAUAUCCAAAAGGAAAGACUUGACCUAAAAGGACAAAUUAAGAAGAAAAUGCAGGAGAUAAAUGAGUUGAAACAGAUGAAGGAGAACCAAGGAGAAGUUCAACAGAGAGCUAAGGAAAGAGCAGAAGCGGUCCUACAGAAAUACCAGAAGGUCACCACCAUUUUACAAAAUGUGUUGCGGGGAAUCAUACUGGCCAGUAAAGUCAACUGGAGGGAUGAUCCUAAAUUAAGGGACAUUGCAAUGGGACUAGAAAACAUUCCCAACUAAAGACCUGUUUGAACACAGUUCUCCAAUUAAUGUAUAUACUUUACCUGUAAAUGUGCUCACUGUUACCAUGUUCAGUGUAAUGUAUAUUUAAGCUUUUUAUAACAGCUCAUUUGAGAAUGUUUUAGUAGCAUUCUGCAUGUGAGAUAAAUGAACUGAUUUCACCAAUGAAUUUACUUUUUAAAAUAAAGUUCAGGCUGAUCCUGUAAUAAAGGUUUAUAUAAUCACAUUCAUUACCAGUUUU